AUGGAGUCGCUUGCAGUUUUCCAUGAUGAAGAUUGGGACUCAUUUAACAGCAUGUUCUCCUAUGAAGAAGGUCAGCUUGAUUUCAUGCACCAAAUUCUUCAUCAGUUUUUCUUUCCUCCAGUGCACGAUGAUCAUUCGACCUUUUGUACUAAUCCUGAAGCCAAUACGAGCGUUGCUGAGAGUUUGUUCUGUUCUUCCAAUGCUCUUGAUCCUGAUUUUCACUACAAAUCUCAGGAAAGCAGUUGGAGUAGCAAUUCAAGUAGUAGUGUCUCUGUUCCUCAGCUAAAUCAUGAAAUCUAUUCCCAGUGUGAUUCUAAUCGUAUUGCUGUAACAAAUGGUGUCACCAUGUCCUUGGAUAUUUCAACGGACAUUGACGGGGUAAAUGAUAAAAUUACCCACUCGUUUCCCUCACCAUUCCCCAACAUUGCAGUGAGGAACGCUGUUAAUGUCAUUGAAGACUUGAGCACUGAUAAUGCUAACGAAUCGCUGCUCAAGAGGAAGUUCGAUGUGCUGGAACUGCAUGAUGAAGGGGAUAAUAAAAUCAAUACCGAUUCAUCUCGGACCACAAAGAAAAGAGCUCAGCUUCCAAAAGAUAAAAUAAGAGAAAGGAUUAACGAGAAAUUGAGAAUUUUACAGAACCUUGUCCCAAACGGAACAAAGGUUGAUAUCAGCACGAUGCUUGAAGACGCCAUUCAUCAUGUGAAGUUCUUGCAGCUCCAAAUUAAGCUUUUAAGCUCUGAUGAACAGUGGAUGCAUGCUCCCAUUGCUUACAAUGGCGUGGAUAUCGGUCUGAACAAGAAAAUUUGCGCUCUUUUAUGA